AGCCAUGGAUGAUUUAGAUGCUUUAUUGGCAGAACUGGAACAAACCACGGAGAGCCUGAGUGUGAAUGACUCAGACCCAAAUGUUUGCUUUCUUCUGGAGCGCAACAACAAACCAAAACCAGUGGCAGCAACAGCAGAAAGCCAUCCUACCCAACACCCAAAAUCAACACCUCAAGAAGCCAAAAAGGUAGAACCAGCACACAAUGUUCAAACCCAUAAAGAAGAUGCAGGUAAUAUUUACAGCAAAAUUUUACCUCCACAGCCAACAUCUUCUACCUCAAUUGCUCAGGAACUGGAUGAUCUUUUGGCUUGCUUAGGAACAAUCCAAUCCAAGGUUUCAGAUGACUUGGCCACCUGUGUCCAGUCAACAUCAGAAGAAGGGAAUACCACUGACAACCUAGACAGCAUGUUGAAGAGUUUGACUCAUGAUAUGCAGGACCUUGGUGUUGCUACUGUGCCUAAGGGCAACUGUGCCUUUUGCCACAAACCUAUUGCUGGAAAGGUGGUUACAGCUCUGGGAAAGAUAUGGCAUCCUGAACACUUCACAUGUGCUCAUUGUGGAACAGAAAUGGGUUCCCGGCCAUUCUUUGAGCGGGACAACACAGCUUACUGCCAAGAAGACUACCAUCAGCUCUUCUCUCCUCACUGUGCUUACUGUACUGCACCUAUCAAAGAGAAAAUCCUAACAGCUAUGGAUCAGACUUGGCACCCUGAGCAUUUUUUUUGUACACAUUGUGGGACUGUGUUUGGCGAUGGUGUUUACCAUGUGAAAGAUGGAAAGCCAUACUGCGAGAAAGAUUUCCAGAGCAUUUUUUCUCCCAAAUGCAGAGGCUGUGAUCGUCCUGUGAUGAAUCAAUAUUUGUCAGCUCUGGAUGCUGUAUGGCACCCUGAAUGUUUUGUGUGCAGAGAUUGUUGCUGCAGUUUUACUGAUGGUUCUUUCUUCGAACUAAAAGGCCAGCCCUACUGUGAGCUUCACUUCCACCACCAUCAGGGAACAGUGUGCCAUGGUUGUGGAAAACCGAUUGUUGGGCGAUGUGUCAGUGCCAUGGGGCACAAGUUUCACCCAGAGCACUUUGUUUGUGCCUUUUGCCUUACUCAGUUGUACAAUGGUAUUUUUCAGGAGCAGAAUGGUAAAACCUACUGUGACUCUUGCUUUAAAAAACUCUUUGUUUAACUUCAAAGUAUGUGAAACAUUACUCUUCCCAAGAAUGUUAAGACUGUAAGCCUCAGGACAAUUCCUUGACGUAUAGAGCUUCCUGAGAUUUUCUCUUGAGUAAAAAAAAAACUCCACCAAAUUAGGCAACAUUAAAUAUUAUCGCACACUAUUACACUUUAAUGUUUUCAAAUUAAUCAGCUGUUAGGCAUGUACCUUUUGUGUUGAACUUAAAUAACUUUACUAGAAUUCAUUAUCUGGGUAUUUGUGUUUUUUAGAAACAUUAAGAGCAGCUUCUC